AUGGUUGACUUAAAACAACAGCUUGAUAUGUUAGACUAUCUUGGCCCGAUUGCUGUUUGGAUUUCAUUCUUCUCCAUAACAUUUAUAAUCUCAGUGACAUGUAUUUUAUGGUGUUGCGUAUCUGAAACAGAUGACAAAACUGUUUUUGCUAAGUGGGGCAUGGGACCAAGGCAUCAACUAACCGUCGCACAGCAAAAAUAUGAUUCAACUUCAACUCAUAAAGCUUUAUAA